AUGCUGAACAGCACGCCUGCAGCACAACACCGUCUUCUGCUGCGAAACACGUUCUGCUGCGCAACAGUUGCUGCGAAACACGUCUCAGCAAAACACGUCUGCUGCCGACCACACGUCUGCUGCCGACAAACACAUCUGCUGCGGUCAACACGUCCGCUGCAACAACACGUCCGCUGCAACAAACGCCUUGCUUGCGGACCACACGUCUGCUGCGACAAUACGUUGCUUGCAACAACACGUCUGCUUGCAGCAAAAUGUUUGCAGCAACAACACGGUCUGCUGCAAAACACACGUCGUGUAACAAACGAUCUGCGCAAAACAUGUCAGCUCAGUAGUAAAACGGGCCUGCUGCAAACAGAACGCACUGCACGCAACCACACGGUCUGCUGCGACAACACUUCUGCAUGCGACAACACGUUGCUGCGACAAAAACGCCGUGCUGAGACAACAGGCCUGCUCAACAACAGCCUGCUGCAACAACACAGUCUGCAGCACAACGAGUCUGCUGCAAAACACGUCUGCUGCGAAACACACGGUCUGCUGCGCAACAACACGUCUGCAGCACAACACACGCUGCUGCAACCUACACGCUGCUGCAACAAAACGUCUGUGCGGACAACACGUCUGCUGCCACCGAAGUCUGCUGCAACCAACACGUCUGGCAACAAACACGUCAGCUGCAACAACUCGUCUGAUGCUAAAACACGUCUGCUGCAACAACACUUCUGCAACAAACACAUCUGCUUGCAACAAACGUCAGCAACAAACACCUCUGCUGCAAAUCAAGAACCCGUCUGCAACAACACAUCCUGCUGCAAAAACACGUCUGUCACAAACGUCUGCUGCAACAAACGUUUGCAACACACAUCAGCUGCAAACAACAAGUUGCUGCAACACAACGUCUGCUGCAACACAAACGUCUGCUGCAGACAACCGUCUGCAACAACACAACGGCUGCGACAACCCACCAGUCUGAACACACACAUCUGCCGCAACACAUGUCUGCUGGCAAAAACACGCCUGCUGCAACAGCAGUCUGCUGCAACACGUCUGCUGCAACACAGUCUGCUGCGACAACACGGUCUGCAACAACACAUCUGCAGCGACAACCGUUUCCUGCUGCAACAACACGUCUGCUGCUAA